GAAUGGAUCAAACAAAUGGAAGCUAUUGGGGAAACCCCAGAUGUCAUUAAAGGAUGUACUGGUGGUGGCUCCAACUUCGCAGGGCUUAGUUUCCCGUUCCUUCGAGAGAAGCUCAAUAAGAAAAUCAAUCCUGUUAUAAGAGCAGUUGAACCUGCAGCAUGUCCUUCAUUAACAAAAGGGGUAUAUACUUAUGAUUAUGGUGAUACUGCAGGAAUGACUCCAUUGAUAAAAAUGCACACACUUGGACACGACUUUGUUCCGGAUCCAAUUCAUGCUGGGGGUUUGCGUUACCACGGUAUGGCACCAUUGAUCUCACAUGUUUUUGACUUGGGUUUAAUGGAAGCAAUUGCAAUUCCACAAACAGAAUGCUUAGGGGCUAUACAGUUUGCCAGGUCUGAAGGGUUGAUACCAGCUUCUGAACCAACUCAUGCCAUAGCUGCAACCAUUAGAGAAGCUAUUCGAUGUAGAGAAACCGGAGAGGCCAAGGUUAUUCUGACAGCAAUGUGUGGACAUGGCCAUUUUGAUCUGCCAGCUUAUGAAAAGUACUUGCAAGGUAACAUGGUUGACCUCUCAUUCUCAGAAGACAAGAUGAAAGCUUCACUGGCCAAUAUUCCUCAAGUGACUGCUUACCUGAGUUGAGUCUCAUUCUAUUCUAGUACCAAUGAGGAACAAGGAAGACAUAGUAGUAGUUUCCUUGGGAUCAAAAUGCAUGGUUCUCUGAGCACAUAUGUAUCUUAGUUUGUUGUAGGCAACAUUUGAUCCAUGUCAAGGAAGGAACAAAUAGUAGUUUUUAUGACUUCUUUUUCUUUCAAGAUUGAUGUGAAAAUAUAGAGACUUGCAUUUCGAAUGUGUGUCCAACACACUUAAUGGUUAGAAUAAACUCAUCAUCUCAAGCUGGCUACAUUUUGGAUAUUGUGCCUUGUCCAUGUAUACUUGAGA